AUGGCGGAAAGUCUUGCUGCAAUUGGUCUUGCCGGCAAUAUCAUUCAAUUCAUUUCCUUCAGCUUCGCCCUCUUGUCGAAAACUAAGGAGUUGCACCAGUCCGCAUCGGGCGUAUUGAACGAGCAUGUCGACCUCAACAUCGUAUCCCAGGACAUAAGGCAUUACACUAGUAAAAUCAAUUCAACCAGCUCAGUUACGCAACUCGAUGACGUUGCGCGCCGCUGCGAUCUCGUCGCCAGGGAACUCCUAGACGCAAUUGCCGAACUUCAGCACAGACAGCAUGUGUCGAGUUCUGGGAAAGUUGCGAAGAGAUGGCUGAGCUUUCGGACAGCUUUGAAGGGUCUGUGGGGAAAAGCGCACAUCGAAGAACUAAAGGCACGGUUGAAACUGCUCAGAGACCAGGUAACGAUGCACCUAGUCUCUGGCACACAUGACAACCAAAUCCAGCUCAUGACCCUGUUACGAGACUGGACAAACCAGAACAUGCAGGCAAGCUACAAGUUCACUGCACAGAUCCAGAGACUGGAUGAUCAGCUUCAAGCUGCUCAGAGGCGCAUCUCAGAUCUUCAGGGUAAUGCCUUCUGGAAGAGACUCCAUGAUGACUUUUCUCGGUUCUCUUCGAAGGUUCAUCAGGUGUCUCAAUCUCACAUGAUCAUCGCAAGUCUCCGCUACGAAAGCAUGCAUAUUCGACAGAGCGCCAUCAAAGAUGCGCAUCAAAAGACCUUUGCCUGGAUGUACAGUGGAUAUGCCUAUGACGCAUCUGGCCCACGGGUCGAUACAGGGUUCGCGCAAUGGCUUCAGUGUGACAAUGGAAUAUACUGGAUUACGGGAAAGCCGGACCAGGUUCUGGGAAGUCAACCUUGA